AUGACACCAGUAAGAAAGAUAGAUAUCAAACCCAAGUUGACAACCUCAAACCUCAAUACUUGGAUUCGUGGUUGGAGCCUCUCGGCGGAAGAGCUCAGGCAACGCCGCCGGAGAUGGAUUACCGCAACAAAAUGGUUCUUGCUCCAAUGGUUCGCGUUGGCACUCUCCCAUUGAGAUUGCUAGCUCUUCAAUAUGGGGCUGAUUACGUUUACGGCGAGGAAAUCGUUGACCACAAGAUUCUCAAGUGCGAACGCCGAAUCAAUGAGCUCAUUGGAUCCACUGAUUUUGUGGAGAAGGGGACAGAAAGUGUCGUGUUUAGAACCUGCGAUCAAGAAAAAGAUAGAGUUGUAUUUCAAAUGGGUACAUCUGAUGCUGUGAGGGCUCUAGCUGCUGCUCAGUUAGUGUGUAAUGAUGUUGCUGCAAUAGAUAUUAACAUGGGUUGCCCCAAAGCAUUUUCUUUGAGUGGUGGAAUGGGCGCUGCACUGUUGUCCAAGCCAGAGCUUAUUCAUGAUAUCUUAACAACAUUAAAAAGGAAUUUGAGCAUACCGGUAACAUGUAAAAUUCGACUUCUAAGCGAACGACAUGAUACGGUGGAAUUAGCCAAGCGAAUUGAGAAAACUGGUGUUUCUGCUCUUGCAGUUCAUGGAAGAAGAGUCCUAGAUAGGCCUAGAGAUCCUGCAAAGUGGGCCGAAAUUGCUGAUGUUGUGUCAGCAUUAUCUAUUCCAGUUAUAGCAAAUGGGGAUGUCUUUGAGUACGAUGAUUUUCAACGCAUUAAAUCCGCAACAGGUGCCUCAUCAGUGAUGGUUGCUAGAGGGGCACUCUGGAAUGCUUCAAUAUUUUCACCUGAAGGCGAAGUUUCUUAUGAAGUUGUGAAAAGAGAAUAUAUUAGGAAGUGCUUCUUGUGGGAUAACGAUAUUAGAAGCACCAAGCAUACAUUAAGGGAAAUGUUAACCCGUUAUUCUAAUCUUGGACUCCCUGAAUGGAAGGCUAUAGUCAAAUCCGAAUCCAGUGCAGAUCUAGCGGAACUCUACGGAAUGGGAGACUAUUACCGAUUAGUAAAAUCCGGUUCCUCCGAAGCAUUCAGAUAAUGCUUUUGUUGACACAUCAAAAUUUACAGGGUUAUAACAUGCUAGGUCGGGUUUAGGGUUAUGUCACCUCCCAGCUUAGGAAGCACCGGCAAGAAAUUCAAGUCACCGAUCGAAGACACUCAAAUCAUAUUCAAGUUGUCAUUUAAGGAGGCAACCAGAUGAGCUAAAUCAUGUUGUUCUCUUUCAUUGAACUGUAAUAUUUUUUGGACAUGUUAUUCAUAGUAAAAUAUAAACAAAAUAUGCUGAUUCAAUAUUCGACCCCAGAUUUUAUAAUUACCCAAGAAAAAUUUGACUGUAUUAAUAUUAUAGUUGGUACAAUUUAUUCAACCUAUAUUUUUCUCGUUUUUGCUGUCAA